UAUUAAACAUGUUCUUUUACAGAUUGCUUAGGCCUAACGUAGGCUGUCUAGUAACCAAUCUAAAGUUAGUGCAAUAUUGUUUCUACUAUCAUCAAAAUGGACACGUCAGUGACCUCUAGACACCAAAAGGUCGCAAAAAAGGUCAUGAACCCGAGUGCUAAGCGCUAUAAGCUCUUGGACUACCGUGGCGUUUCCAGACUGGCAGAGGUUAUGGAAGCAACUGUUCCUAUUCAUGGUGUAGGAAAUUUUCCUACACUACAAAUUAGCCCAAGCGAGCUAGUGCAGAUGGUGUGUGAACGACUGGAAAGUUACGGCGUCAAAGUACAGAACGUGCGGUUGAAUGGUAGCGCCGCAACGCACGUACUUUCUCAGCAAACAGCUCCGACAUACAAAGACUUAGACUUGAUUUUCACUGUCGAGACGCCCUCGAAUGAACUGCAAAACAACAGCAAUUCAAACAAUUCCACUGCCACUGAAAAGCGGAAAUCAGACGAGCACCAGCGUCGCCGCAAACGCCAAUCUUCUGAAGCGACAAAAACUCGACCAAGCUCCCUACCGAGCACUGUACGGCGACGGCACCUAAAACCAGACGAUAAAUACUCCGAAGAUUUAUCUCUAUUAGAAGAUAGCGGCUACACUAGCAGUGGGUCCUCCGUUUCAAGCGCUCCUGUUUCCCCUUCUGCGUCCGCAUCUUUCAUCCAAGACUCUCUGGAAUCAAGAACUAACUUCCGAUCUCGGACUCGAUCUUUAGAGUCCACAUCUUCGUCCACGUCUUCUCUCAUUUCCUCCCAGCCUCCGAAACGAGAGGAGGAGCAAAAGUCUCCUUUUACCUCCUACCACCCCAUCCAACAUCAAAACCAGUCUUCCUGGCAGAAAAUAAAAGAUUCUGUCAUGGAAAUCCUUCUAGAACUUCUUCCCGAAGGAGUAGUACGUAGCAACAUGACAAGCGUGGUGUUAGGAACUGCCUACGUCCAGAAAAUGGUCAAAGUCGCAAAUGAUUCGGACAAAUGGAGCUUAAUUUCACUCAACAAUAAUUCGGGUCGAAAUUUGGAGCUGAAAUUCGUACAAAGCAUGAGACGUCAAUUCGAAUUUAGUGUCGACUCCUUCCAAAUUAUCCUAGACACGUAUCUUCGCUUCAGACACGCAGCCAGACACCAAAACCUCGAAAUGAACGCCGAUUUUCACCCGACAAUAGUAGCAGAAAGCGUCUACGGGGAUAUAAACGCGGCAUUGCGGCAUUUAAAACACAGACGAAUUUGCACCCAUAGGCCAGAAGAAAUACGCGGCGGCGGCCUUCUGCGCUAUUGCAAUUUGUUAGUGCGCGAUUUUGUCCCCGGAGACUGUGACGAGAGCGGAAAAGCUACAGGCUCAUUCGCUACAGGACCUGACAUGGCCGCUCGUUUAGAGCAGCAUAUGUGCUCGCGUUUUUUCAUAGACUUCAGUGACAUUGACCGGCAGCGGAAAAAGCUGAUUAGUUAUUUGGACAAUCAUUUCAACGGAGAAGACGAUUUGAAAUUCCAAUAUUUACUCGUUCUUCGCCGGGUUGUUGAUUACAGCACAAUCUGUCUGAUGCAGCAUGAACGGGCUAUGAUUUUGAACCUUAUCACCAUGCUAGUGCGGCAAACUCUAGCCAACAACGUAGCGCAAAGCAAGCACGAGGCAGCGGUCAUGCAGCAACGCAUACAACAGGAUUAUCAAAUCGCUCAAUACUACGGCGAGUGCACACCUCAACCUACAAGAAGCUAUUUACCGGCCCCAGUUUCAAUGAGCGACCGUUCUUCGCCUAUGUCGGCGUAUUCUUCAUCUUUUACACCUUCGACGGCUGGAGAUGUGUGUUCUGCCCCAAUAAGCCCAGCGCCACAAUCGCGCCCUAUAACCCCUAACGACGCUGGACCUGCAUGCGAAUACCCCCCAAAAGAGCCCCAAAAUUACCCAGUUCCACCCCAAUGCUGUUUCUGUUGUUGCCAUUGCUCCGGGUGUUGUUACAGCACCCAGCCCCAGGAAAAUUACCCCCAAGCCCCCUACUAUCCCCCUAAUUCCGAUAUGUACCAAGCCCCUAUCCCAUACCAGCCAAUAGAGCCAAUUUUCUUUAGACCGGACAGUAUGGUAUGUUACUACCAGCCAGCAAGUUACAGUAACCCUACUUAAAAAGACACCAGUACCUUACCCAUAGAAAAAAAACGUCAGAAAUCUUUUCCAGCAGUGUUGUUAGACACUCGGUCAUACAGCAGCAAAAAUCAAUGCGUAAACCGAACAAUCAUUUUCAAAUGGACAUUUGUGUCUUUUCGUCUUAGUUUAUAUUUCGCAUUGUUUUUUCCCUUUAAAAUCAUCAAAAAAUAUUUUAUUUUAUAAAAAUCUUAGAAAAUGUUUUAAUUUUUUUUCUGUGUCGUUUUCUUCUCGUUGUCGAUUGCACUUUUGCCUCGUGCAGGGCGACGGUGACGUCACAUAGGCGUUUGUUACGUCAUAGUCCUAAUAAUAUGCCAUACAAUUUCUCCACAAAAUUUUACACUCAAUUUUUUUAAAACAGCGAAAAAAUUGGUAAUAGUCGCGCUAUAAAAACCGUAAACUACAAAACCGGUUUUAAAAAUCACAAAAGCCUGUUCAAAACCACGAACAGGAGUGCUUGACGUUUUCAAGUACGGAUUUUCGCUGCGAAAUCCGGGUUUGAAAACGAGUAAACGGCCAGGGUUCGCCAUUUUUCCAACUAUAUAUACUUUACCGUUUAAUUCUUGAUAAACAAUGCACUUUGUGACGUCAUAAUGUGGUUUAGUGAACGUUUCCUAAACUACCGAGUCCUUCCCGAGUCUUUAUGUGCAAUUAUUCGUAUCAGUAUUGGUGCGCACAAAGAAAUACCCCCCCCCCUCCAAGCAGCUUAAUAUGACCGGUUAUAUGCAAAAUACAGCCAUAAAGACGUGUUCAGACAUUCGAAGUUUCUAGUUCUUGUAUUUUACAAGCACAUAUUCCGCUGUCACUUAAUACACAGUCCUUUAAGUCGCCCCUAUGUAAUAUGUGUGCCUUAACACGCCUUCUGUGUCUAUAUAUUUCUAAUUUCAAUUGCCCUUUUCAUUUGUGGAUGGUGUUUCCAUAUGUUUUUGCUUUUUUCUUGUAAAACUCGGAGUUUUCACUGUUUUUUAACAACAUUUUUGCUCGCUAAAGACUAGUUGCAAUUUUUCGUUGUUAAACGCGUUCUAUAGUUGGUACGGUUUUUCUGUGUGGCGCAAAUCAUUGCUUUACUGCUGCGGGUGUCGUUAGGGUGUCAAAUCUGUCCCAGAAAAACAAAAACAACAGCCCCCCCCCUCCUAACAUACAAUUUCUUUUAUUUAUUUUAAUUAAAAAAUGUCUCGCUUUCGUGACGUUUAAUUCCCUGCGUUACGUCAUAGCUGUGACGUCACAUACACCGUUUUACGAGUCUUUAACAAAAGUUCAGCCUAAUGCAGCCUGUUCAUUUUUUGUUCCACAAUCUUUUUUGUCACACUACCUAGCAGAGACUAUACAGUAGCCGGUACCUAAUUGUUUUUCGUCACGGAAAACCAGCGAGUAUUUUAUGGCUUAAUGCCGAUGGCGCUAAUGUUGAAGUGAAAUCGUAAAUAAAAUCCACACGGGUUA